GUGAUUAUUAACUCUUGUCAUUGUAAUCUAAUGACAACAACAGUAAAAUUAUCUUCAUUUAUUUCUUUGAUUAUUUUUCAUAGUAUAAUACAAUUUAUGAAAUAUCUGCCAAAAGUUUAUUCUGUGAAAGGUUGUGUAACAUUUGUCUAUGGAGAUGAUUAUUCAAUGCGUCAAUCUAUAUGUGAUAAGUUGAAUACACAUUUUCAAACAAUUCCAAUGAGUCUGCCAAGUGAAGUAGUCAAAUUAACCAUAAAUCAUCAAGAUAUUACUAGUUUAAAUGCAAGUCAAUUGAUACAUUUACCAAAUUUAACAUUUUUAAAUUUAGAUUCCAAUAAAAUUAAAUCAAUUCAUCCAAAUACAUUUAAUCAUUUAAUACGAUUGCAAACAUUAAGUUUACGUUAUAAUUUAUUAACUAUUUCAUUUGAAUCAUUCCAUCCAAAUGUAAUACAUGGUCUUAUUAUGAUACAACAUAUAAAUUUAUUACAUAAUCCAAUUGGUAAUAUACCUAAUCAUUUUUUCUUACCAAUUGGUAAAACAUUACGUUCCAUUGUCUUAUCUGAAGGAUCUAUUGAUUUACAACUGAAUCCAGAAAGUUUUUAUGGUUUGUAUAAAUUACAAUUGCUUGAUUUAAGUAAUAAUCAAUUAGAAAGUCUACCAGAUACAUAUGAACGUGUAUUUAGUCAAAUGCAACUGGAAGAAUUAUAUUUACAUGGAAAUCCAUGGAAAUGUGAUUGUCAUUUAAGAUGGUUGAAACAAUGGUUUUUAAAAUAUCACACAAAAUUAAUUUACUCGAAACCAAUCAAUGAAGCAAUAUUACGGCAUAGUAUUGAUACAGAAGCGAAUAAUUGGUUAGUUGAUGAACGAAAUUCGGAGGAUCAUGUAGAAAUGAAUAAAUUGUUACAACCUAAAUGUGCAUCACCAAUUGGAUUACACGGGAAACCAUUAUUUAGUCAAAUCAGUAAUGUUGGUAAUACACAAGCUGUACGUAGUGUAGAUUUUCAUUGUUCCCCUGAAUCGCAUACACCGGAUCAACAAAUUCAAUUAGUUUGGGGUAGUAAUUCAACAAUGAGUUGUAAAUUUUUCGCUGAUCCUUCAGGUAUUGUUGUAUGGUAUAAAGAUGGAACAAGAAUACAAAAUCAUUGGCCCAGGACAAUGACUAAACAAAGUCAAGGUAGAAAUUUUCUAGCUGAAUUAACAAUUGAAAAUAUUCAAAAUUCUGAUGCAGGAAUUUAUGUUUGUUAUUUGGAUACAGGUUAUGGACAUGUGAAUACAACAUUCAAUGUACAAGUGAUUGGUGGUACUUCAAUGGAUGAAUCAUUUUAUCAUAAUGGUGUAUUUUAUUGGAUUAGUAAAUUAGAUACAACACUUGUACUUAAAUAUACUGGAAUGAUUGCUGCAUGUUUAAUAAUACUAUUAGUAAUUAUGGGUUUGCUGAUUUAUUUAUUCAAUGGAAAAAUGUAUUGUCGACCAAAAUUAUGCAUUAAUAAAACAAUACCAACUUAUGAUAAUAGAUCAGAUCAGUCGCAACAAGUUUUAGGUGAUGAAUUAGAAACAAUGAAUACUAGUAAUUUCAGUAUGAAUAAUGGCAAAAAUACUAACGAUCAUUCAAGGAGUACUUAUAUGAUUCAAGGACAAAAUUUAAAUAUUUGUACACCUAAAGAUGGAAAUCUACCAGUGACAACAUAUAAACGUUCCGAAUUGAAUGAUCAUGUUUACUUACAUGGUACUAGUGAUAAUGUCUUAGAUCAGCACAAUCUACUAUCACUUAAAUCACAUGAUCCAACAUUUGAUAAUUAUGUGACAGUUCGUUUGUUACCAACAGUGACAUGUAGCAAUUUUACUGUUCCCUGCCCAAUACAUAAUUAUGCAUUUAUUCGUCCAGUUUCAACAGAUUCAACUACAGUAUCCGCUGCAACUAAUGUAAGUGUAAAUUAUGAUGGGGUAGAUGCUGGAUCUAUGCAAAUCACUCCAGAAUCUCAUAUUAUUUCUUUAUCAAACCUUCAAAAAUAUGAUCCAAUAGAAAAUGCAAACUUAACUACUUCUAUAAGUAAUACGAAAAUAUCUAAUGCUUCUGAAGAAAAUGAUGCUUCAAAAAACCAUAAAGUUACAAAUAUUGAUUCAAAUAACAUUGACAAUAAAACGAUUCACAAUAAUGAUAAUCAUUGUUUGAAUACAUCAGUUUACACACCUUGUCCAUUACAUGGUAAUAUUUAUGCAACCCUUCAAAGUAAAGAGAAGAAAAAUAUUUCUGCAGAAAUACGUAAACAUAUUGCCAAUGUACCGUCAGGUUUGACAGGAUUAACUUAUGAAAAACAUUAUACAUUACCGAAUAAAAAGUUUCGUACACAAUUAUCCACACCUACUACUAUUACUACUAUUACUACUACUACUGUUGCUAUUACUUCGUCUAGUAGUACAAGUAAUCAUAUACUUAGGACUAAUACUACACAAACUAUCAAUUCUGUAACAAGUUCAUUAAUGAACAAAUGAUAUUUUCUUUAUACACCAUUGUAAAUUGUUUAAUCAUUUGAUCAAUUAAAUGAACAGUGAUUAUUAUGAUUAUUAUGAUUAUUUUCCGGUACAUUGUACAAUUAUCAAUGUGAGUCACAUAUCCUUACACAUGAAUGGGAUCAUGUACACGUUUAUCAAUGCAUAUUUAGUGCGUACACAGUGGGAAAAAAAUGCAAAUGAUAACUUAUUGCUUUUUAUAUAUAUACAUAUAUAUGUACAUAUGGAAUAUAAUGCAACAACUACUCACUCUAUACAGAGAUAAGCAUAAUGAAAAUUACAAUAAAUUAUAAUGAAUAUUCUUAAAUUACAUUUUCCAACAUUCAAUAAAUAACAUGCCUGUUCAUAGUCAAAUCUACAAAUUAAUUUAAUGUAUCAAUCGAAUGAUUGAAACAUUCUACAAUAUUCCAUUUUGUUUAUCAAAUUGACAAAAAAAGAAAAAACUGUAUGUAAAUUUACAUUUUCCAUUUUGAUCUACUGAUGUUAAUUGUAUAUUAUAGAAAAUGUACUUCCAGUUAUCAUAUACUAAUGAGA